CCCGCUUUUUGUUCCUCUAUUGAACAAGCAGAUAAAAGUCAUUUCGAGUACCGCCAGGUGAUACUGCUCGACGCUCACAAACUUCUCUUUCUGUCUGAUGUAUACGUACCUGUGCAAAGGAGAUAAAACGCCAUUGUCUGGAGCCUCUCCCCUUUUGUUCUCUUUUUGUUCCUCCGUUGAUGAAAAGCUAACAUCACUGAUUUAUGUGUCGGUGUGUACAGGCUAGAGGUCUUUCUAACAAUUAGAAUCACAAUUUGCCUUUUACCCACUUGAUUUGGCAGAGUUUGAAUCUCCUGGCGGUUGUUAUGGGUGGGAGUUUUGAUCAUCAGUGGAAGAAAGCAGUGGUAAUGGCACUGCUGGUGUGCUUCUUCAACGUGCUCGUUGGCCCUUCUGUGGCGGCUCGGCUUCAGAGGACGAUCGAGUCCGGUAGUAAUAGUAGCGGUGGGGAACUGAGUCGGCGACACCUUUUGGCCAAUGGACUCGGCCUCACUCCCUCCAUGGGAUGGAAUAGCUGGAACCACUUCAGUUGUAAAAUUGAAGAGAAACUAAUUAGGGAAACAGCCGACGCAAUGGUGUCUACGGGGCUCGCGGCCUUGGGAUAUAAGUAUAUAAAUUUAGAUGAUUGUUGGGCUGAACUUAAUCGAGAUUCCCAGGGAAAUUUGGUUCCUAAAGCUUCAACAUUUCCCUCCGGAAUUAAAGCCCUAGCAGAUUAUGUUCAUGCGAAAGGAUUGAAGCUGGGAAUUUAUUCUGAUGCCGGAACUCAAACAUGCAGUCUGACCAUGCCUGGAUCCUUGGGGCAUGAAGAGCAAGAUGCAAAAACUUUUGCUGCUUGGGGAAUUGACUACUUGAAGUUUGACAACUGCAAUAAUAAUAACAAAAGUCCAAAGGAGAGGUAUCCCAUAAUGAGUAAAGCUUUGUUAAAUUCUGGAAGGUCGAUCUUCUUUUCUCUAUGUGAAUGGGGACAGGAAGAUCCUGCCACGUGGGCAAAAGCAAUUGGAAAUAGUUGGAGAACAACUGGGGACAUUGCUGAUAACUGGAAUAGUAUGAGCAGUCGAGCAGAUGAGAAUGACAAAUGGGCAUCUUAUGCAGGGCCUGGCGGAUGGAAUGAUCCUGAUAUGUUGGAAGUUGGAAAUGGAGGCAUGACGGUCGGAGAAUACCGUUCGCAUUUCAGCAUUUGGGCAUUAGCAAAGGCUCCAUUGUUGAUCGGGUGCGAUCUCCGAGCUAUGGACCGUGCGACCUUGGAAAUACUUGGCAACAAACCAGUUAUUGCUGUGAAUCAAGACAAACUUGGAAUUCAAGGUAAAAAGGUCAAGAAGGAUGGGGAUUUAGAGGUUUGGGCUGGUCCCCUCAGCAAUAAUAGAGUAGCAGUUGUGUUGUGGAAUAGAGGAGGUUCCGAAGCUGCGAUUACUGCUUAUUGGUCUGAUAUUGGCCUUAAACCCACAACAAUCGUUAAUGCACGCGAUUUAUGGGCGCAUUCAACUCAAAGGCGGGUGAGUGGGGGGAAGCUCUCUGCUAACGUGAAUUCUCAUGACUGCAAAAUGUAUGUCCUGACUCCACAGUAGAAGAAGAGGAGGAGGAGGAGGAAGAGGAGGGUAAUGAAGAAGAAGACCCUUAUCAUGUGUAAUAACGAUACCACAACUAAGUCGAAGAGUGAUAUAAACAAUCGUAUGUUUUUACGUAA